GCCUUCCCUAGAUGUAGUUAUAUGAUUCUCUCUCGUGUUUCAGAUGAACUGAUCCAGCAUUGUAAAUCCGGCCACCGACAACGAUGUCGACGGAGACGGAGAGUGCAACAAGGUCACCUGCGCCUCUUCUGGUUCGAACAUACUCCUCCAAGGGUGAAAUCAAGAACUUAGCUUCAAUUUCCAGCAGCCUAUUGCCUGCAUUCGGAACUGUGGUCGGUGAAGGCUCUCUGCCGAUUAGGAAGCACAUCAUAGCCCCUUACGAUCGGAGAUAUAGGUUGUGGCAGACGUUUCUUGUGGUGUUAGUCAUCUACUCUGCAUGGUCAUCUCCUUUUGAGCUAGCUUUCAGAAGAGUGGCAACGGGUUCUUUGCUGCCUGUUGAUUUGGUGGUUGAUGCCUUUUUCGCCAUUGACAUCGUCUUGACCUUCUUUGUGGCCUACUUGGAUAAGUCAACCUACCUCCUCGUUGACGAUCCUAAGAAGAUUGCUCUACGGUAUGUGACCAAGCUAUGGUUCCCCAUGGACGUGGCUUCGACCUUACCAUUUCAGGUCAUAUACCGAAUUCUCACCGGAAAAAUGCACCAAGGUGAUGUUUUUGGUUUCAUCAACUUGCUCCGGCUGUGGCGACUCAGGCGUGUUAGCGAACUUUUCACAAGACUAGAGAAAGAUACACGUUUCAGCUACUUCUGGACAAGAUACUGUAAACUCAUUGCUGUGACACUAUUUGCAGUGCAUUCAGCCGGUUGCUUCUACUACUGGCUGGCCACCCAUUACCCAGAAAAAAGUAAGACUUGGAUUGGGAGUGCAGUGAAUGAUUUUGAGCAACGUAGCAUUUGGCUGGGCUAUACCUACGCCAUGUAUUGGUCUAUCGUCACCCUCACAACUGUUGGCUAUGGAGAUCUUCACUCAGCAAAUAAUGGAGAGAAGGUGUUCAAUAUCUGCUACAUGCUCUUCAAUAUAGGGCUCACUGCAUACUUGAUUGGAAACAUGACCAAUCUUAUUGUCCAUGGCGCUAUUCGGACUUUUGCAAUGAGAGAUGCCGUCAAUGAAAUUUUGAGAUAUGCAAGCAAGAAUCGACUUCCAGAAAUCUUGAAAGAUCAGAUAAUGGCACAUGUGAAACUUAGGUUCAAAACAGCAGAGCUACAGCAAGAAGAAGUGCUUGAAGACCUUCCAAAGGCAAUACGAUCUAGCAUCGCCCAACAUCUCUUCCAGACAGUUGUUGAAAAUUCCUACCUUUUCAAAGGAGUCUCUCAAGAUUUUAUAAUUCAGUUGGUUACUGAGAUGAGAGCAGAAUAUUUUCCACCUAAAGUUGAUAUUGUUUUACAAAAUGAAAUUCCCACGGAUUUCUACAUCAUAGUCUCUGGAGCAGUGGAUCUGCUGACCUACAAGAACGGAACAGAACAGUGUCUGUCACAUUUGGGACCUGCAAGCAUGGUAGGAGAAAUUGGUGUCAUUUUCAAUAUACCACAGCCUUUUACAGUGAGAAGCAAGAGACUUUCUCAGGUCAUCAGAACAAGUCAUCAGACCUUCAAGCAAAUUGUGCAGCCACACAUUGAAGAUGGAAAAAUAAUUAUAUCCAACUUCAUUCAGUACUUGAAGGGACUAGAAGGAGAAAUACUUGAUGAAAUACCAUUUAUAACAGAGCAGCUGGGAGACUUAAAUAACGAGCACACAACAUCCGAACAGGAAAUAAGAAACCAUGAAGCAUCAGUUUUAAGUUCUGUUGGAGAUGACAACUUAGAAGGGACAGCAACACUUUCUCCCCCAUGUUCAAGUAGCUUGCCAAUGAGGUUGAUAAUAUAUGGUUUUCAUCCAGAUGAAGCUAAUAAGGAAGGAACUAGUAAGAUGGGAAAACUCAUUCAUAUGCCUGACUCAAUGGAAGAGCUGCUGAGCUUGGCAGAGAAGAAAUGUGGCAAAAGGGGGACUAAAGUUCUCAUGGAUGAUGGCUCAGAAGUAGAAGACUUGCGUGCUUUGAGAGAUAAUGAUCACCUGUACAUUUUUUGAAGGGAAAAGGUGCUUUUUAACUAGUAUCAGCAUGUGUAUAUAUGUGUCUGUGUGUACUCAACAAAGCCUUCUGACAACUAUAUGCUGUCAGCAACAUGAAUCCUAUUCUGCCAUUCUCCUCUGUUCAGUGCCAUAUCUAUUGUUAAAUGUGUGUGUGCAUGCACACACACACGCGCGCGCGAGUGAGCGAGUGAGCGAGCGAGAGAGAGAGAGAGACUUUUUGUAAUAAUAGAAUAAAAUGAUACCUGUACAUGCUCCCAAGUAACUAAAAGUAUCGGAAUUUUAAGUUAUCAUCUAUAAAGCAUAUCUUUUACAUUUGAAAA